AUGGGCGUUACGACUGUGACGUCAACGCGCAUUAAGAAGGGGCAAGAAAAGAAUGAAACUGGGGAGGAAUAUAUACUAAACAUGGACAAGUUUCCCCAUGUAGCUCUAUCCAAGACUUACAAUACUAACUAUCAAGUCCCGGAUUCAGCUGGAACUGCUACAGCAUUUUUAUGUGGUGCCAAAACUAAGCGUGGAAUGAUUGGUCAAGACGAUACGGGUACCAGAAGCGAUUGUGAAGCAAGUCUGGGAUCAGAUAUUCCAUCAAUUCUUGAAAUAGCUCAACAAGCUGGUAAAUCCGUUGGAAUUGUGACAACAACUCGCCUCACCCAUGCCACCCCCGCGUCUGCCUAUGCACAUAUUCCUGACAGGUACUGGGAGGCUGAUAGUGAUAUUCCUCUCGAAGAGCAAAAUAAGGGUUGUGAUGAUAUUGCCCUGCAGUUCAUACAAAAUCCUGGCAUACAGGUUGCUCUUGGAGGUGGACGGUCGAAAUUCACACCGACAACUUUGGAUGAUCCUGAAAACCCGAUUACAAAAGGCGACCGUGAUGAUGGACGAAACUUAAUUAAAGAAUGGCUGGAAAGCAAGCCUGAAGGAACAGCUGAAUUUGUAUGGAACGAGGCAGACUUUGAUUUGGUGGACCCAGCUGAGACGGACUUUUUAUUAGGUCUGUUCGCUGCUAGUCACAUGAGUUAUGAGAAUAGCCGACUUGAUGACAAUGCCGGGGAACCACACAUUGCUAGCAUGACAAAUAAAGCCAUCAAGAUCCUGGCAAAGAAUCCUGAAGGAUUUUUCUUACUAGUUGAAGGUGGUCGUAUUGAUCAUGCACACCAUGCCAACGUUGCCUCUAAUGCUCUUUAUGAUGGCAUAGCAUUUGACGAUGCUAUAGAGAUGGCAAAGAAUAUGACGUCAUCGACAGACACUAUGAUUGUUGUUACAGCCGACCACAGUCACACAAAUGUUGUCAAUGGUUACCAAAGCAGAGGCAAUCCAAUACUCGGUAAGGCCGACAAAGACAUUGGAGCCGAUGGAUUGCCAUACACCACUAUAUUAUAUACGAAUGGCCCUGGUGGUAUAACUGUGGAUCAAAACUAUCGGACAAGUGGUAAUAGAGGCGAUAUAACUGAUACUGAUACUGAGGCAGAUGUGUACAUACAACAGGCAUUGGUACAACAGGUAUCAUCAGAACAUGCAGGGGAAGACGUGUUAAUAUUUGCUGAUGGGCCGAUGGCUCAUCUAAUACACGGCAUUCACGAACAACACUAUAUAAGUCACGUAAUGCAAUACGCAGCUUGUAUUGGUAAUUAUACAGCUGCGUGUCCGUAAUUAAAAUAUGACACUUAUUUUUAAAAUGUAACUGCU